UAGUAGAUAAAAUAUAUAUAAAUAACCCUAUACCCCCAUACCUCUCCCCUCCUAUCCUCAACCAAACAGUAGUCCAAUCGAUACUAGUAUCUAGUAGUACUACUAGUAUCAGCACUACUUACACCAAAAAUGCCUGGCGUCCUCACCCAAACCCUCGCCGUCAGCGACGGUCCCCUCACCUCCGAAAACGCUGCCCUCCUUCGCCCCUCCGACCCUAACCUCCCCCUCGACGAGCUCCGCGCCCGCUUCAACGCCGACGGCUACCUCUUCCUCAAAGGAGUCCUCCCCCGCGAAGACGUCCUCGAAGCCCGCCGCCAAUACUUCUCUUACCUCGCCCCCACCGGCGUCCUGAAGACAGACAGCGACCCCGUCCACGGCAUCUUUAACCCCGACAAAACCCCCGACGACUUCCCCGGCAUCGGGGCUGGUGCGGCUGGUGGUAAUGGCCGGCCGGGCGGGGAGAGCGCCGCACAAUUCGUCGAUCGCGCCAUCGAGGCUCACUACAAGGACUGGUAUGCCGAGAAGCUGGUCCAGCAUCCGGCGCUAUAUGCCUUUAUUGCCAAGUUCACGGGGUGGGGUGACAAUACGUUGACGUUUAAGCGGACGCUAUUGAGGAAUAAUAUCCCCCAGACGAAGCCUAUUGGUGUCCAUUAUGAUCAGAUCUUUAUUAGACAUGGUGAGCCCACGGCUGUGACGGCUUGGGUACCUAUUGGGGAUAUCAAGUUGAGUGGUGGGGGGUUGAUUUAUUUGGAGGAUAGUGAUGUCGUGGGCCAGAAGAUUGAGAAUGAAUUCACGGCCAAGGCUCUGGCAGCGGGCAUGACGGAGGAAGAGGCUAAAUAUGCCUUCAACUCGAAUAUGAUGUCCACGGGCAUGUUGUCGGAGAAUCCCGCCGAAUUUGCCAAGGAAAAUGGCCGGCGUUGGUUGGUUGCGGAAUACGAGGCGGGGGAUGUGGUGCUGCAUAAGCCUCACAUGAUCCACGCGUCGACGGUGAACAAUGACCCGGAUAGAGUGAUCCGGUUGGCGACGGAUUUGCGGUUUGCAGACUCGUCCCGGCCGUAUGAUAAGAGAUGGAUGAACUUUUACCGAUUUAAUGACGGUGUUUAAUUGGUCAAAUUGGGACAAUGACAGUGUUGGUUAAUUGAACAUAAACUUAUGACAG